UGUACAACAUGAGCAUUGGUUAAAAGGUUAAUAACCAAUACACAAGAACAGUAAAUAAUGUGAGUCGCCACGCCCGCAGCAAACUAUAACUAUACACCCCCGCCCGCCCAGCAAUGUUGCCCACAUACGAGCGCCUGAACGAAUCAAAGAAGGUAUUCUUUCGAUUACCCUUUGCAAAGUUGGCAGUUAUUGCCGUCAGCCUACCACUGGGUGCAUUCUUUUUCUGCGUGCUUUGGUCACUAAAGUACGACUUUGUGCGCUCCACCUUUACACACUGCGACGUGGCCAAUUAUUUACCUUCAGUGUCUGCAGCUAUAGGCAACUACGAGCCCCAGAAAACGGUAUGGCGCCUAGCCAUAUUUCUACACUUGCCGAUGCGGCUGGCUGUGGCCAAAAUGUAUUUGGAGUAUUACAGGGAAAACAUAAGACGAAAUCGACGUAUGUUCGGCAUACUAGCCUGCACGUUGAAUGUGAUUGAAGAUUUUGCGCUGUUCUGCUUAUCGCUAUGGACAUCGGCUGAUAAUUAUGAGAUACACCGCAAUUCGUUCGUGGUGUUUAUCGCAUGCAGCGAGUGUUAUAUGCUGAUCUCUUAUAUGCUCAAUAGAAGCGCGAGAAAGGUAGUGCUGCUGCCGCAAGAAGAGAAGUCUUUAAAAUACAAACGCAAUCUAUUUCUGGUCAAUAUUGUGGCCUUCGGCCUAGCCGGCUACUGCUUUGUGCGGCACAAUGCACGCUGCGAAAGGGGAGUCUAUACAUUCUUUGCGUUGUUCGAGUACAUAGUGGUGCUUACCAACAUGGGCUUCCAUAUGACGGCCUAUUGGGACUUUUAUGCACUCAAUGUGGUCUGCGAUGCUAAGAACGGUCUCUACCUAACGCAUUUUUAAUUGUAAAUACGCGGUAUUAGCUUAAGCUCAAAGUUUACUUAAUUUUUGCUUAAAUUAUAUAGUCAGCUUGGCUCCUAAAUUCGA